AUGCCUUCCCCAAACACAAACCUCGACAUCAACCACCCAACCUCCUUCCCCAUCCAGCACUUCACGCUCCAGACCCGCAUCACUGCCAUCGCCAAAGCCACCUCCACCCACAAGCUCAUCCGCGAGCGCCUCCUAACCUUGAAGAAUUAUUUCAAAGAUUGCCUGACUGACUUGUUUUUAGAGGCUCUGGAGCGGGAGCAGAACCGCGUCAACCGCGUGCUGGGAGAUUUUGCUACCGAGCUUAAGAAGGUGGAGGGGGAGCUUGAGGCGUUGGAGAGGGAGGAGGCGACCAGGGUGGGUAUGAAGGGGAAGGAGGCGCGGGGAAGAUACGCUUAG